UGAGGGUGAUGGUUUUCUGCUAUGUGUCGCUGUGAGGUGGAGGCAUUUUGAAGAGAUUGGUCUGGGCAGGAGGGUGGGACUAUGGUGGUUCGAGCAGGAUUCGACGCGGCCGCAGAAAAGCAUGGGUAGCAUUGAGGAGUGCGCUCUCACGGGAGCCAUGGCGCGCCUUGUUGUGGUUUUCUUGUUCUUGCCGACGCUGUCCACGCGCACGCGUGCUGGCGGACAUGAAUUGUGGCUCUUGUGGCUCAUGCGAGGCCGACGAUGCAGAGAUCUCCGCGCUGUUACAGCGCUUUGACACACAGAACUCCAGGUUGACCCAUCACAGCCACGCAAACACCACCGAGACACAGGUGAAAGCAAGAAUCUGUAUGCAGAGCAGGAUAUUUGUGCCCUAAUCGUUUUUGGAGGGCCCAACAUGCAAUUCCAAUCUGAAAUGUUUCUUGCAGCGCGGGCUCACCGACCCGUACAGCGACAACAUCAUCAAUGUCGCCUGUUCCACAUUGGUUCCAUUUCUGAUGUCGCAGAUCGUCGCCUCGCAUCGCAACGUGAGAGCACGCCUUGUGCAGAAUUGCGGAGCAAAUUUGUGCGCACAUGGGCAGCUUAUCGAAAAUAUGCCAGCCGACGACGUUGCUUAGCACAGUGGUGGAAUCAUAUUAUUGGAUUGCGGAGCGUGUGGGCCCGAUACCGACAUUGAAGCAAACCAUAGUUUGGCAAGAUCGAUUCCGUGAUUAGUUGCGCAAGAACUUUUUGGCAGUGGCGGGACCGACAAUAAGUUGUGAAGUUGCACGCCAUGUUCAGACGCAUGUCAUCGGUGCUUUCUACCAGCGGUGCCUGUUCUGGUGGCGCAGUGGUCCAAACCACCAGAGGACCGAAGCCAGGGCGGUUUGAUUAAGUACAUUGGCAAUAGUAGGCCUGUCUCGGGAAGUGUCCAGACUCAGCGGAGAUCUUACCGCGCUCGGGAUGGAUGGUUGUGAUCGGAUGAUAGGGAAUCCUUGGAGGCUUGGGAAUUGGGCACCACCACCCACACGGGGGUGCGCCUCCACCAGGGAAACAUGAUAUUAGAUGUUGGUGCUGGUGGUUAUAGUUCGGCCACCUGUGUUGUUUUUACGGUACGGGAUCGCGUGGAAGGCUUUUAUCAGGGCAUAGUGGGGUCAUGUUGGGCCGUCUUGUGAGCUUGCCGCGCAAUGUCGGGGGCUUUGCGGGGAUGUUUGCGAACGUGUUGGCGGCCGAACUAGGCCAUGAUCGUUGUGUUGUGCCGCUUAUAGUGCCUAUCGGCGGCUUCGGUUUAGAGCCGAAGACGCCGAGGACCCAGGUACUAUGCGCAAGGAGGUUCCGCGAAAAAGUUCCCUGAAGAGUUUGUCGCGGACACUUCCCUACUCUUGCUCCUCGUCGUUUUGACUUUGCUGGUGCCGUUGAAGUGCCCGGACCAGUCCUCCCUGUUCCUCCCUCCUCUUCCCUCCUCGCUCUUUCCUGCCCCCUGGCUCAAGCUCGAGCUCCCCUUUUUUCCCCCCGCGGCAGCCCGUGUGUGCCCACCGUGACAUGUCAAGCAAGGUCACGGCGGAUCCAGCAGGUCACGGCAUCGUGAUCAUCGGCGGCGGAAUAGCCUUCCUGCACGCCGUGAAAGUCGCCACGAAGAGAAAGUGCAAGGUGACCGCGGUGUGCUCCAACCCCUUCCUGGAGUGGCCAGUCUCCGCCACCCUAUCCCUCACGCGGCCUGGGGAGCACGAAAAGUGGCUCUGCCAGAAUCCAGAGGACUUCACCGUGAAUGGCGUGGAGUACAUAUUCGAUGCCGUCACGAAGAUCUCGCCCGCCGAAAAGACGAUCCAGUUUAUGAAGAGCCCACAGAUCACCUACGGGGCCGUGGUCGUCGCCACGGGCAACAGACUCCCGCUCCUGAUGCCUGUGCCCGGCGAGAGCCUCGAGGCGCGAAAGGCUCUUGUGCGGGAGGCCGUGGCGGCGGUCAAGGCGGCCAAGACGAUCGUGAUCAAUGGGGCUGGCCUCGUGGGCCUAGAGAUGGCCGGCGACGCGAAGGUUGCCAACCAGGCGGCCCGCGUGGUGUUGCUCAGCCGGAGCGGGGAGCUGCUGGUUGGCAGCCACCCUGGAGAGUGGCAGCGGCGGGUGAAGGCGAAGGCGCAGGAGCUGGGCGUUGAGGUCGUGAAGGGCACGGUCACCAGCGCGGGCGCGGAGGACUUCAAGCUGACACCAUGCACGCUCGCUCUGGCCGACUCCGCUCAGGACACCCUGGCGUGCGACGUGUACAUCCCAAGCUACAUGCAAGGUCCCAACACGGCCUUUCUGGCAGGGGCCGCCGGGGUGCUGAACGAGAAGGGGCAGGUGGUCGUCAACGAGUGCCUCCAGAGCGUGGCCUGGCCCGAGAUCUUCGCCGCUGGAGUGAGCACCGUCCCAUACAAGCACCCCAACUCUCAGGGAGCCGUCGACCACGCCGCCCACGCGGUGAGCGGCGCCGUCGCGCUCCUCGAGGGUAGGCCGACGAGUCCCUUCAAGAACUCCGGCCUGGAGCGCUCGAUGAACGUCGUGGUGGCCCACGGCGCGGGCGGCUACCUGUUCUGGGACCUGGAGGCGUUCCCAGCCCCAGUGAAGUGCUGCUGCUGUCUGUGGUGCGGUGGCGGCUUCCCCUGCUGCCCCCCGCCCUGCUGCUGGUGCUGCGGGCCAGGCUGCCCGACCCUGUGCGGCCAUUGCUGCGGCGGCUCGGGGCACAGCGAGGGGGCCGCCGCCUUCCACGAGCGCGUCAUGCUGAAGAAGUUCGCCGGGAUGCGCGGCUACGCCGGCAUGGGCAGCGCCGGCAGCGCUCCUGCGCAGCAGCAGAUGAAGUGAGCCGCGCGCGCGGUGGGCAGGGGGGAUGGUGUGGAGGGAGGGUCCCAGAUAAUUGGGGGCUCGGCCUCCCUCUCCCACUUCCGCCUGGUCGCGCAUUUUUUGUUCCCGAGGGUCUCGCGGCCCAUUCUAUAUGUCGCCGCGCCGUUUGUGCCGACGCGCGGCCUUACACCUUGGGGAGGGCGCCUCGGCUUGCCGCGGGUUUGCCGCGGUGUCGGCGUCGUCCACUUGGGCGCGUCGAGAACGAACGGCGAUGCGACAUGUUCUUGGGUUGGCCAAGUGAAGCGGCCGGCCUUGGUGGCCGCGCAAGCAGCGCCCACUCAUUUUCGCCCAGAGCCUUGGAGUGUAAUUUGCCUCAUCCGCCCACCUUGGGCCGUAGCCACAGCAUGUCUACUGCGAUUCUGUCGCAGGGACCCGCCACCCCAUCGCGGUGUUCAGCGCCUGCUCCGCCUGCUGGGCCCCUCGAUAAAGCUGCGGGGCCCUGGCGUAUUCUUUUUAGCGAGCUGGGCUUGUCGGCUCUGUGGUGCAGCGCCGCAGCUGGCGCGUUCUGCACCAACGAAAAGAGAGCCUGGCACGUGGGUCCAGAUCAUUGAGGCUGGAAAAGCAAGCACCAGAAGCGUAAACAAGAGCCGGAAACAGUUGGGGACAGGGCUGGCCAGCUAAACGG